CCGGGUGCAAGCAAGGCAGAUCAAUAGCGUGGCGUGGCGUCUCGCGUCCACUCUCCAUACUCUUAGCGGCGCGCUCACUCGCUCAACAUCCGCGCUCGAUACUACCCGCGCGCGCUCACAUCUCUACUAACUACAUUGCAUCCGCAUUAACCAACUCAUUGCUAAGAUGGAGACCGGGAAGUGGUGGUGGGUUCUGGUGGGCGCCGCGGUGCUCGGCGUCGCGAUGUGCGCCGCCGAGGGGGAGGUGUGGGAGGAGAGCGACCAUGAAGUGCUCAUUCGGAACGAAAGGGGAGCUAAAAAUAGAGAGACAUGCCGCUACGUGAAGGGCGCGUGGUCUGAGUGCGACGCUAAGACCAACGUGCGCUCGCGCACCCUCACCCUCAAGAAGGGCGAUACCGGCUCCUGUGAGCGCUUCAAGAUCAUUCAGAAAAAGUGCAAAAAAGCGUGCCGCUAUGAGAAGUCAUCAUGGAGUGAAUGCAGCGCCACGGGCGAGAUGGUACGCACUGAUGAGUUGAAGGCCAACAGUGACCCCGCCUGCGACCAGAGCCGCCGCCUCACCAAGAAGUGCAACAAAAACAAACAAGUCAAGGCCUCUAAAGACAAAGGUCGCAGAAAUCGUCAGUAAGUGGUAUGAAUAUCUACGGCGACGGGUGUUCGACGUUCAUACCAACUCAUCACUGUUUGUUAGAUCUAACGUUCCGGUCAUAAGUUUGUCUGUUCUCAUUUAGUAAUAGUGCCAAAAUAGAAUUAAGUAAUUGUUGUUUCUUUUGUGUUACUUUUCAUACCUUCUUAAUAAUAAUAAAAUUAUUGUAAGCCCUUAGCUGCGAUGUAUCUAGGUAUAAUUUCACUAAUAUGAUAUCUAUACAUACUAAUAAUUAUAUUAUUAAUAAUAAUAAUGUAACUACCUGCCUAUUGUCGUAAACGUUAAAUAAUAAUCUAUUCAUUUUAUGAAAAUUAUUACUUAGUAAGUUUAGAUUAAUUUGAUAUUAAAGAAAUACAAAGAAUA